AUGGCUCGGUACCCCAUGAUGGUCUUUUUGAUUUUCGGAAUAUCAUUACUGCAUCAUUCGAACAGCCAACAACUAUUUGGAGUACAGUCUCUUGGAAGAGAUUUACGAUCGCACACACAAUUAUUACAACAACUUGGCGUACAAAUUGUCCGUCUACCGUUUUCGUGGCGUUUAUUAGAAGAACGUGGUAAAAAUAUAUUUUCACCAGGUUAUCUUGAAUACCUGGAUACCAGUGUCCUUGCAAUGGAACAAGCUGGUAUUAAAAUCAUUUUUCAAAUGGCUCAAGUACCAUGUUGGGCAUCGUCAUCCAGUGAUUGUACAAAAUUUCUUUAUCGUCCAAAAAAUUACAAUGAUUAUGCUGAUGCAAUGGCGUUUCUACUACGACGUUAUGGGAAUAGAGUUUAUGCAUGGGAAAUAUGGAAUGAACCGAAUUUAAUAGGAGGCUGGCUACGUCCUGAAUGUCAAGCAAAUAAUGGAAUGUGUCCUAGAGCAGCCAAUAUGAAUGAUGAAUUUAUGGAAUUUACUGAUUUAGUUGGUGCACGAGAAUACUCCGAUAUGGUUAAAAUCACAUAUCAGAAAAUGAAAUCGAUUGAUUCAAAUGUUAUUAUAUUAGCGGGAAGUUUAGCCAGCGGUGAUGUUUAUUAUUUGAAUGAAAUGUACAGGUCGGGUAUCAAAAAUUAUUUUACCGGAUUAGCUAUGCAUCCUUACACAGCUGUAUAUCCUCAGGGUCAUAGUCUAUAUGGUAAAGAAUAUGGACCUGAUGAUUGUUUUCCACCAACUCCAACGUCGAAAUUUUGGUGUUUUCGAAAUGGUGUUGAACAAAUACGAGCAGCCAUGGUAGCGCAGAUGGAUUCAUCAAAAUCGAUUUGGUUUACAGAAUUUGGUUUCAGUAGUUUCGAUGGAUGGAAUGGCGCCGGGCUACAAGGACAAGCCGAUCAUUUAGAACGCGCAAUCGACAUCAUACGCCAAUGGAAAUUUGUAUAUGCUGCUUGUUUUUAUGAACUCAGUGAUCGGAAAAAUGUUGCUCAUCGCGAAGGCCAUUUUGGUUUAUUCAACUCAAAUCUUCAAAUCAAACCGAGCGGCCUGGUAUAUAUAAGAAAAAUUAAAAAUUUUAAUGGAAUUAUAUCACCAACAACAACAGUAACAGUGGCAGUAACAACACCAGCGACAUCAACAGUAUAUCCUAAUGGGCUGAUUUCUACACAAACACCGCAUUUUGCAUGGCCAAGUGUGCCUGGAGCAAACAGUUAUCUUUUGUGGGUAAAUGAUUAUGGCAACCCAAAUAUUGGAGGAAAAAUUAAUUCUUACUAUUUUCCAACACAAGCAAAUUGUUCAAUGAAUAAUGGUGGUCUUUGCAAAGUUACACCAAAUGUUCGAUUUUCAAAGCAAGGUGGACAAUGGUGGGUGACAGCAUAUUUUAUUAACGGUCAAACAUCAACCAUUGUUGUAAACGGAUUAUUAUUUGUAAUUCAAUAA